AUGGCUUCCUACCCGCCCCUCGCCGAGCGCGAGGUCAAGAACACGGUCGUCCUGUUCGAUGUCGACGGCACCCUGACGCCUGCUCGUUUGUCCGCCUCCCCCGAAAUGCUCAACCUCCUCGAGCGCCUCCGCCAAAAGGUCGCGAUCGGCUUCGUGGGCGGGUCCGACCUGGUCAAGCAGCAAGAGCAGCUCGGGUCGGCCUCGGUCAACGUGACGACCAUGUUCGACUUCUGCUUCGCCGAGAACGGGCUGACGGCGUACCGGCUCGGGGAGCAGCUGCCGUCCAACAGCUUCAUCAAGUGGAUCGGCGAGGAGCAGUACAAGGAGCUGGUGCGCUUCGUGCUGCACUACAUCGCCGACCUCGAGAUCCCCGUCAAGCGCGGCACCUUCGUCGAGUUCCGCAACGGCAUGAUCAACGUCUCGCCCGUCGGCCGUAACGCCAGCACCCAGGAGCGCAACGACUACGAGAAGUACGACAAGGAGCACGGCAUCCGCAAGGCCUUUGUUGAGAAGCUGCGCGAGCGCUUUGGUCAUCUGGGGUUGACCUUCUCCAUCGGUGGACAAAUCUCCUUCGACGUUUUCCCCACCGGCUGGGACAAGACGUACUGCCUGCAGCACAUCGAGAACGAGGCCAAGCGGCCCGGCGGCGUCGAGUACACGACGAUCCACUUCUUCGGCGACAAGACGUUCGAGGGCGGCAACGACUACGAGAUCUUCAGCGACAGCCGGACCAUCGGGCACACCGUCACGGGUCCGCAGGACACCAUCGACGAGCUCAAGAAGCUGUUUAAUCUGUAA